AAAAGGACGGAACAUGAGAAAAGGAAGAAGGGCAACGACGAGAGUUUGAGCUGCGAAAAAGAGGAACUCCCACAUCUACAAUGGCGCUCCUGACCUAAGCAAAGCCUCCCCGAGAGAAAACCCCACAGAACAACCCUCGCAUUCUCCGGCCUUCUUCUCGGCGCUUCUCGACUCCGUUCGUCGCGAUGUUCGGAUCCUCCCCCUCCUUCGCCACCCCGUCCUCGACGCCGUCGUUCGCCACUCCGUCCUCCACGCCGGCAUUCGCCACUCCGUCCUCCGCGCCGGCGUUCGGCUCCGGUUUCGGGACCUCUAUCUUCUCGAGCCCGUUCUCUUCCCAAACUCAGCAGCAGCAGCAGCAGCAGACGCCGUCGUUCCAGCAACCGGCGUCCGCCGGCUUCGGCUUCCAGUCCCCGUUCGCGACGCCGCAGCCGGCCGCGACUCCCUUCGGCGGUGGCCAGCUGACGACUCAGAUGGCUCCCGUGGCUCCUCUGCCUUUCUCGCUCGCCGAUCGGGACAUUCAAGCUAUCGUUGAUGCGUACAAGGAAGAGCCUGGGAACCCCAAGUAUGCCUUUAAGCAUUUGUUGUUCAGCGUCACCGAUCCGCAAUAUAGAGUGAAGCCUGCCGGUGUCUCGGAUAUCAUGUGGGCGGAGGCUAUGGGGAAAUUGGAGGGUAUGGAGAGUGCUGACCGGGAGCGCCUGUGGCCUCAGCUUGUCCAGGGCUUCAAGGAUCUUUCGAACCGCCUCAAGCUUCAAGAUGAAGUCAUUCAUUCAGAUGCAGAGAGACUGAAAAUGACGCAGAGUAAUGUGAAGAUGCUUCAGAGACAUUUUCAAGCUGACACGCUUCCCUGGAUCCAGAGAAUGAGACAGAAAGAGCAAGGCCUUCAAAGGCGCCUUUUGAGGGUAAUGAGAAUAGUGGAAGCAAUGGAGAGUAAAGGAUGUCAAUUGCCUUUAGUAAAAGGGGAAGCUGAGUUGGCAGAGAAGCUGGCUGCAAUCACUAGACAGCUGAGAGGAUCCGGAGCAGAACUUUCGAGGAGGGUCCAGAACUUGCUGACAAUAUCUCGAGUUCAAGCAAAUGGCAUCGGUGCAACUGGUUCUAUAUAUCUCCCAGGAUCAACCAAAAUACAUGACCAGAGCCUUGCUGACUUGCAGGAGGUCUUACAACAACAGACUGGGGCGAUUGCGAGGCUUGGGAACGUAUUGAAGAGAGAUAUCAGGGACAUGGAUAUCAUAAUGGCUGAGGACACCGAGAUGGCAGAAGACACGAGCUGAAAAGCUGAAACGGCCAAGAUUGUUCUACUUUUCCUAGCGAGUUUUGAUUUGGGGUUCGAUGGUUUUAAAACUCUGAAACCCAAACGUUCCGGUAAUCUGAGGAUUUUUGUGCCAGCCAUAGUAUAUGCAAUUUUCUCAGAUCAUCCAGAAGGUUUUGCUGCAUCUUUUUUGUAAUUAUUAGUAUAAUCACUGAAUUGGCAGGACUUUUCAGUUUUUCUUUUUACCCGGAAGCAGGUCUAGAUUUGCAAGGGUUUAUUAUCCCCGUCA